GCUCAAUUGGUUCUUCCCGGCAUGGCAGGUCCCAUCGCCGCAGAGGCCCGGUUCUCUUCAUUCGCUCUUCAGUCCUCCAACAGUUGUCUAAUGCACGUUUAUGACCUUUGCUGCUGCUGCAGCAUCUGGGCUGGCUUCGUGGCAGUCUCUGACUCCUCGGUUCAUUCUGCAUUGCAGCAAUCUAUGCACCUUGCCUCAUCUGAUUCGAGCCUCCCCAUCUUUCCCUCCUCUCUACUCGUUCGGCGUCUCUUUUAUCAUGCCUCGAUGCCCAAUAUCCGGCUCCCUUCGUCCACGGCUAUACCGUGUUACUGGCCACCUCCUGCUUCAUAACCCUGAUCAUAACCUAAGGCUAUGGGAGGCUAUUCAGAGUCGGCACUUGUUGUUGAUUAAACAAUUGAGGCUCUUUACACUAGAGGGGGCAUGACAGGCAUGUUUCACGGCCGCUGUCGGUGGGUUGGCUUGGCAUUAAAGUCGGUCUCGUCCCCGUCUGCUUGUUUCCCUCGGACUUCUUCCGAUCUGCAACCCCCCCGUCCUCUCCUGCCUGCCUUCUGUGCAAAAGCUCGGAACAAAGAUUGUGACCGCUCUAGUCUUUGGCUGAGUUUUUGUUGAAACCCCCUGUCAUCGCCGCCCACUGUCAUACCCCUUCUCCUCUUCGAGUUCGGGUCAGGUGGUUGGGCAGGGUCAGUAGUGUGCUAACCUCCACUGCCCUGUUUCUCCCCAGCCUCGACACUGCAACGGCACAUUAUCUUGAAAUAACCAAAACACCAUCGCCUAUCUCGGGGGGGGCGCCAGAAAACACCGGUGCCAGCGAUAUACCGGGCCAUCCAGAGAUCAUGAUUUUCAAGGUCCACCAUGGGCCGACGCCGUCAUCCAGACUAAUCAGCACGAAUUACUCAACUCGAUAUCUCAGCUGAUUUGUAAACACUACCCAAUCGACUGACAGAAGAAGUCAUCAUGGAACUCGAGACAGCAGUGAACCUCAACAUCCCCAUUGAGGCACACCUCCUCCGGGGCUGCUGUCGCGAGGCUGACAGGUGCGAAAUUGUGGCCAUGGGUCUCGAUCAACUACGAAUAGCACUCCCCGAGUCCUUCCAUGGUCAUCUCAUUGCCCUCACCGGGGAGAUACGAAGCUCGUGCCGUCUUCUACGUGACCUCGCCGACCGAUCCCAGGUGCACUUCUCGCGUGUCCCCAUCGUUGCCAACUACCUCAACGUCGUGCUCCCUUGCCUGUCUCGGACCCUGAAAGAUAUCAUCGGUUACUAUGAGGAGAAAACCAUUUCGAGAGAAAUGAGAUGGCGAAAGAUGUACAAUAAAAUGACGGAAGAAGCCUCUGGGCUCCCACUUCCACAAAGAUUUGUCCUUUACAAUCACUUCCUAUCGUUGCUGAAGCAGCUGCUGACGAGGUCGCCGAGCUUUGAGCUCAACACUCUUGAAACCCUCCGCACUCGAAUUUUGAAGCUGCGGGAACAGAGAGGAAUCGAACGCACACUGGGCGGAGCAGAUAUUCUCCCUACCGCUGCCGUCUCGAACGGCCCUGAAACAUUUAAGACCUCGUAUGGACCCUUCUACCCCUGGGGCCAUUUCACUAUUCCGCCAGAGUCCAAAAUUCUAUUCCGGAGGCCAUUUGAUGAGGACAGGAUCUCAAUCGUUGUCUACUUGAAUUCGGUCGACCAAUCACCUUACUUGCUCAUGAGAACCAUGCAGGGCGAUAUUCCCUGGUUCUCGCUGUUUGGUGCCCACGAGCUCUGUAUCAACCGGGAAGGAAGUGCACUGCAGCUCAAACGAUGGAGCCGUCACACACCAGUCCCAGUCGCGGACCUGGCUCAGCCGUCGCUCUAA